AUGUAUACUCUACGGCAAAAAUCGUUACUUCAUAGCCCAUCUCUUGGCUCAAAAAUACACCAUAUUCUCAUCGUCGGCGGCGGCCCAGCAGGCUCAAGCACCGCCUUCUGGCUCGCAAAAGCAGGCUUCAAAGUAACAAUCGCAGAACGCUCAACCAUACCUCCUUAUGGCCAAGGCAUCGACAUCACAGACGAAGCAGUCGACAUCGUCAAGAAAAUGGGCUUGUGGGAAAAGAUAAAAGAGAACACGACUGGAGAAAGUGGCUUUGCUUUGCUGGACGAUGCGGGUAAGGAGACUGGGAUGGUUGGGACCAAUCCUGCUGAUCAGAGCAAGUCGGCUUUUUCGCCUACUAAUGAGAUUGAGAUUAUGCGUGGGACUUUGACGAACAUCUUCAUGGAUGCUGCAAAAGAACAAGGUGUGAAGUAUAGAUAUGGAUGCACAGUAAGCAAUAUGCAACAAGGCACAUCCUCCGCGAUAGCCACUCUCUCAGAUACCAACCAACCGGAAGAGUACACUGCCAUCAUCGGCGCAGACGGCGUUGCCUCUCGAGUACGAAGCCUGACCUUCGACAAAACAACAAUCGAGAACUGCUUCAAGCAAACUGAUACAUAUGUGGCCUACUUCUCCAUGCAAGUCGAUCCCAAACACCAAAUCACCCACUCUAUCUUGCAACAUGCCAACAAAGGACGUGUCAUGUGGAUGCGGCCGAUCGACAAGACUGGAAGUCGAGCUUCUGGAUAUCUGAUAGUCACAACAACCGAUGCUGCAGAUUUGCAACAAGUAGCCAGACAUGGAAAUGUAGAGCAACAGAAAGCUCUUUUGGACAAGCGCUUCGAAGGCGUUGGUGGCAUCAAAGACAAAAUCAUACAAGGCAUGCGAGAGUCACAAGAUUUCUACUUCACAAGAGUCGUGCAAGUAAGACUCGAUACUUGGCACACUGGCCGUUGUGCUCUGGUCGGCGAUGCGGCAUACUGUCCUUCUCCUUUGACCGGGCAAGGCACCACAAUGGCUGUGCUUGGAAGUUACAUUCUCGCAGGAGAACUUGCAGCCAACCCCGAAGAUCCAGCUGCAGCAUUUACCAACUACAGGAAGAAGUUUGAAGGAUUUGUGCGAGAAAAUGGUACCAUACCGCUAGGAGGAAGAGCACCCAGGCUCGCCGCCCCUCAAUCAGACCUUGGAAUCUGGAUUCUCAGGCUCGUAUUUGGAACAAUCGCGCGACCAGGCUUUCAAAAGUUGUUUAAUUCUCUUCCCUCGCUGCCUAGCUUUGGUGGUCAAGUUAAAAAGUUUGAGCUACCUGAUUACCACUUCCAGAUGCGUUGA